AUGCUCGGUGGAUCGAGCCCCGUCUCAUUGUCCAAAGACAGAAGCUCCAACCAACACCCCAACUCAGAAUCUGCCAUCAAGACUAACCAUGAAGUGCUGGCUUCAGUCAUUGGAAGCCAUGAUGGAGUACAAGAUGCAGCACUUCACCAUUAUACAAAAACUUUCAGAGGCUUCUCUGCUAUGCUAACACCAGAUCAAGCUGCAAAACUUGCAGGGACAAACAUUGCAAGUGGAGGUGCAAUAAGUGCUCCACUUGCAAUCUACAAGGCUUGCUGGUUCAAUCUCUGUAGUGAUGCAGACGUUCUUGCUGCUUUAGAUGAUGCUACUAAUGAUGGAGUCGAUAUUAUAUCAAUGUCCCCUGGACCAUAUCCUCCCCAACCUAUCUAUUUUGAGAAUGCAAUUUCAAAUGGAAGUUUCCACGCGUUUCAAAAAGGAAUUGUGAUAUCUGCAUCAACCGGGAACAGUUUUUUUCCAAGUACUGCAACUAAUGUUAGGGAGAUGCUCACUGAUAACCUCAGGGAGAAGGGCAUUAUUGUAAAACAAGGUGGUGGUGUAGGGAUAAUACUCAUUGAUCAACUUGCCAAAGAUAUCGAAAUUCAGUUUGUACUACCAGGUACCUUGAUAGGUCAAGAAGAAGGAGCAGAGCUGCAAGCAUACAUGACUGCACAGAAGUAA